GCCAGCCAGCCAGCCAGCCAGCGAGCGAGCGCAAUCCCUAGCGCCGAGGCCCAUUCCCCCGUCGCCCUUCCCCGCCCAUUCCACGAUCCCUCGGCCGCGGUCGGGUCGCCAUGGGAAUGGGGCCGCUCGAGAACGCCGCCGCCGUCGUCGAGGGCGGCGUCGCCGCCCCGGCGGUGCCGGUGGUGACCGCGGCGGCGGCGGGAGGGGGGUCGUACGCGCUGCUGCAGUGCGGGGAGGACUCGGCGUACGUGCGGGACGCGUACGGGGGCUACUUCGAGGUGUUCCGCGCGCUGCUGGCCGAGGACGGCGAGCGCUGGCAGGUGUACCGCGCCGUGCGCGGCGAGCUGCCGUCGGAGGAGGACGCGGCGGGGCUCGACGGGUUCGUCAUCUCCGGCAGCUGCAGCGACGCCCACGGCGACGAGCCCUGGAUCCUCGCCCUCGUCGACCUCAUCCGCCGCCAGCUCGCCGCCGGCAAGCGCGUCCUCGGCGUCUGCUUCGGCCACCAGAUCCUGUGCCGGGCGCUGGGCGGCAAGACCGGGAGGUCCUGCAAGGGGUGGGACAUCGGCGUCAGCUGCAUCCACCCCACCGCCGCGGCGGCGAGGCUCUUCGCGCCCCUCAAGAUGCCGGUGCACCUGCCCAUCAUCGAGUUCCACCAGGAUGAGGUGUGGGAGCUGCCUCCUCACGCCGAGGUGCUGGCCCGGUCAGACAAGACCGGCGUCGAGAUGUUCCGGCUGGGCGACCGCGCCAUGGGCGUCCAGGGCCACCCCGAGUACAGCAAGGACAUCCUCAUGAGCAUCGCUGACCGCCUCCUCCGCCAGAACCUCCUCCUGGACUGUCAGGUGGACGUGGCCAAGGCGAGCUUCGACGUGCGGCAGCCGGACAAGGAGUUCUGGAAGAAGGUGUGCAGGGGGUUCCUCAAGGGCAGGCUCCAGCCGCAGCAGCAGAAGCAGCAGCCGCCGCAGCAACAUAAGCUUCAGCUAUAGGAGUCGGAGGAUGAGACGGUGGCGAGUCCGAGAAGAAGGCCGUCACCGGUGCCGCCGGAGGAGGAGGAGGAGGAGGACAUAGUAGCGUUACUGAGCUGGGGGGGUUGCCAUUGCGAGCCUAGAAUUAAUCCUUAUUUUUCUGCUUCGGAGUUUGACAUCACCAUCAUCAUCUUGUACAGAAACCCAAACCGCCUAUUUAAUCCAAGCAUUAAUAAAGAGCGAUCGAUGCUAAUUUGGCAGCC